AUGGAGAUGAAGAGAUCUUCAAAGGAAAAGGAAGAGUCUGAAAUGGACCACAUGAAGGUGAAGGUGGAUGGAAAAAUACACUGCAAUUUGAAGAGCAGCUUUUCUUGUGACAGGCAGCAGGGAGACCCUUCUGUAGUUAAUGCAGUCAGGUUUAUCUCCUUUCUUGAAGAUGAUGACAACUAUAAUGUCCAUGAUAUCCCCUGGCAUACCCUCCUUUUCCCAGAUGUGGUUGUGGAUUUCCCAUAUAAGGCAAAUCCCACCGAGAAAGUAGCAAUGAACCGAUUUAGACAAACUGAGCCCGGCGUUGUCGCGGAAUUGACAGAGACAUUAGCCAACCCCUACCCCCAUCUGCACACCCCACCACCACCACUGCCCGGAACUAACAGACACAGAACACCCGCAUUGCGUCCAUUGCCCUGGUACGAUCUGAAGGAAUGUGCUGAGAGGAGGAUCUCGGAGGAGGAGGAGGAGCUCAUCUUCCUGAACCAGGUCCCGCUGUCCCGGGCAGAGAUAAAAAGGCCAGCACCCCGUCAUCGGGAAGUUGCUGCAACGUCUUUCCCCCCGACAAUUUUGUCACCAGAGAAAGAAGAAAGGAGAGAAAUGCGCUCGCUUAUUCUCUUCCUCGGCAGCCUUUUAUUGCCUUCGUUGACCUGGGGAGCAGGUAACUGGUGUUAUGACUCCCAAGCAACGGAUUGUGGACCCAGCAGCUGGAGCAAGCAUUUUCCAUCAUGUGGAAUGAAGAAGCAGUCCCCCAUCAACAUUGUAACCCGAAAAGUUUUCCUCGAUACUGCAUUGGGUCCCAUUACUUUUGAGGGCUAUGAUGAUGAUGCUGUGGAAUGGACUAUUAAAAAUAAUGGUCACUCAGUUCAAGUGACUUUAAGUGGAAACAUCACUAUUAGUGGUGGAAAGCUUCCAGGUACAUACAAGGCAGUUCAGUUCCACUAUCACUGGGGAACAGCAUCUCUUCCUGGCUCAGAGCAUACUAUAAAUGGGAAACAGUAUCCCAUGGAGUUGCAUAUAGUCCACAUGAAUCAAAAGUACUCGACAGUCGAGGAAGCUGUAAAACAUUCAGAUGGUCUGGCUGUGCUGGGAUUCAUGAUCAGUGAAUCAACUGAAGGUAAUCAAGAAAGCAAUAAGGUGAUUGAAGCUCUGAAAUAUAUUCAACGAAGUGGCACGACACACAUGCUGAAGUCAAUUUCAUUGGAAGAUAUGAUUCCAGAUCAGGAAAAGCUUAAAAGAUACUAUCGUUAUGAAGGCUCAUUAACUACUCCAGCAUGUAAUGAAGCAGUAAUUUGGACAGUAUUUGCAGAACCCAUUCAGUUCAGCAGGUCUCAGAUCAAUGCAUUUCCUAGAAGUCUGUUCUACAGUGACACAAACCAGAUGAUUUCAAACUUCAGGCCGGUUCAAAGCUUAAAUGGUCGUAAGGUCUAUGUUUCGGAUUCAGCUGUUAGGCCUUUUAGUGGUGAACUGCUGUGGUGUGUGCUUGCGUUCUGGGCAUCUGUACUACUUAACUGACCAACCUAAAGAUUGCAUUGCUAUGGAAUUUCCUGUCCUGCCUAAUGGAUUUAAAAAGAAAUCCCGGUAAUAAAACACGUCAAACUUCACAGAUUAACUCUAAGCAACAUCUGACUUGCUGUUAGAAGGUUCCUGAAGGGAAAAGGAAUAAGGUAGUCCAUCCUCUUAUCACCUUAACCUACCAGCACACUUCCAAGAUAGGAGAUACUCAUGUACUAGCUUGUUAUUUUCGGUGAAUGUGCGCAGUGGUACAGCUGAGGCUGUUUAAUCAUGAAAUCAUAUUAAAACAAGUUUGGCUUCAAUCAACUGAUUGCCUUUCCAUGCCAUUCAAAACAGGAUGGCACUUUAAGUUGUUGUAAUAUGUUAAAUACUUACAAAUGAAAGGAAAACAAAGCAUUUGAACUCCUAUGUUAAACUCUUUUAAAGACUAUAGCAAUGGAGCUAGUGACUUUGUUCUGUUUCAGAAAUGGCAACCGUCUGAACAGUGGUCACAAGUUACUUUCUCCAUUGAAUCCAUGUGGCUGGAACAACUUCAUAAGGGAAAAAAUAGUGAGGGUGAUGGAUAGUGGGAUGGUGUUAGUGGGAAAGGAGGAUUUAUUUAAAUAUCUGGUGCAGAAAGAGGUCAAGGUGAUUUUAAUUCAGGACAUUACGUAGAAAGGUUUGGCCUUGGAAAAGGUAGAGGGAUGUCAGUUGUAUGGAGAGACUGGAAAAGCUGGGAUUGAAUUAGAGUGGAGGAGGGGAACUUUAUGUGCUGAUUGGGAAUAUUGUGGUGGAAGUACUGGAUUCAAACUUGAAAAGAUAAUAAAAAAAAUAUUCAGGGCUAUAGGAAAAAAAAUAAAGUCGAGACCAAUUGGAGCUUUAGUUCAAAGAUCCAAUACUGUCCAAAUGGCUUCCUUGUUUAGGUCAGGGUUCCUAAGGAAUUUGGAAAUACAAGAAUGCAGAUGCUAAAAUUUGGAGCAAAAAGUAAAAUUGCUGGAAGAACUCAGUGAGCCAAGCAACGUCUGUGGGGGCAGAGAGAUGGUUAACAUUUCAGGUCGUGAUCCUGUGUCUGGACUGAGAGAGUAGAGGGAAGGUAGCUGGUAUAACGAAGUGAGAGGAAGGGUGGAGACAGGGGCUGGUAAGUGAUAGGUGGAAACAGAUAAGGAAGGGAUCGUGGGACCAUAUAGGGAAGGGGGAGAGGAUAGCAAAGGAACCAAGAGAGAAGAAACCCAGGUGGAUAGGUACAUGGGUGAUGGGCAGAUGGAACCUAUCCAACUGGGAUUCUUCUCUCGUGGUUCACCUUUGCUAUUCCCUCCCCUACCUGGUUUUUCUGCCCAGCAUCCUUUCCUUAUCUGGUUCCGUCUAUCUCCUACUACCAGCUUAUCUCUAUCCUCCCCGUUCCCUCCCUCACCCAAUUCUAUCUGCCUAAUCUUCCUCCCCUCAUCUGGUUCCAGCUAUCACCUACUAGCCUCUGUCUCGCCCCUCUCUCUUGUUUCUUUAGACUGUCUGUCUUCCCUCUGCACUCUCAGUCCUGAUGCGGGACCUUGACCCGAAACAUUGACCAUCCCUUUGCCUCCACAGAUGCUGCUUGACUUGUCGAGUUCUUCCAGCAAUUUAUUUUUUGUUCCCAGGGAACUUCCAUGAGACGAAACUCUUUGUGGGGUGUUGAGGAUCCUGCGUAUUCCUCCUUGCCAAGAAAGUAUCUUGAACGAUUCUAUUGUUUUCUCACUUAUUUUUACUCAGUGGGAAAGCAUUAGUUGCAUUCCCACUCAGCGAAAUUAAAAUUCAUGCUAAAAUCUGCUGCUGACAUUAAAUAUGUAUCCAAAAUUGAUCUUUAUGAAGGAGUCCACUGGCUUGAGAAAGUCAGAACCAUAUAAGGUUAAAUCUGAUUACAAUAGAUCAAGGUGGAAUUGACUGAGAUUCCUCAACCUCAUACUUAAAUCUUAAGUAGCUUUAUUUUAAAAUUCAAAGAGUUAGUCUAAAUAAGUAUUUUUGAAUUUAUUUCCUUAAGUUUCCAUUUAAAAUAGAAUUGUUUCACUCUACUAAAUGUGAUGCAUGCAUUUUGUAUUUAUGGAAUUGACAGUAAGAUAGUCAUAUUGAUCAUACGUAUACACUUCUUAGAACUGAAGAAAGCCAUGUCGCACAAAACGGAAUUUCUCUCAUCUUCUCAUCUUUUCUGCUCUAUAAAUUAAUGUUUAGUAACUAAUAGUUAACUAAGAAAAUUUGUAAUUGAAAAUGCAUCCUGUUUAAUUUUUAGUCAGCAUUAACUUUAAGUAGAUUGCUGUAACAACUACUUCGGUGAGGAACGUUGUAGUGAUGUCAGUUGAACUGUCCAGUGCCCCAAAGUGGUGCCAUUGUACCAGCAAGUAGCCCUUUGGAAAGCUAGAAUUAUUUCAUUCUUCAAUCAUGCUUAAUGCAGAUACUUCAAAAAUAGAAAACUGCAUUUGUAACCUUUAUAAGUAUACCAGAGACUGAAUACACUAGAGUAAGUCAAAAGAGGGAAUACAUUUUUUCUACUUGAAAUUAUUUUUUUUCCAUUAAUUUUUAAGAUAAUUAAAAGGUAUUGGAUACGUGUUUGAAGCAGAAAAUAUUUGUCCCCAUAAUCUAUUGAAAAAUUACUGUAGGCUUUCUUUUGUAGGAUUAUUAAAUGUUGUGCAGUUUCCCAUUGUUGACUUAUACCUGAAUUUUUGUCUUCAAUGGUUAUUUUUUAUACUUAUUACUUUGAUUGUUUUAGCCCAGACCAAUGUCAUUUUUUUUUGUAAAAUCAGUUAGGAAGUCCUUAGCAGGAGCUCAUUAAUAUUCCAAUAACUUUACCCAGGCAGCAUUAAAACUGUACUGUUCUUUGCAGUCACAUUCCCUGGAUCUGAGUCUGAAAUUUCAGGAACGUUUUCAGGGACUAACAGGAUUGUCACUGGAAAUUAAGAUACUUAAGUACACCUCAUUGCAUUUACCAAUGGAGCAGCAUUGUUAUUGUCUAAUGGGAACUAUAAGCAAUGAGACUUGCAGGAAAUAAUCUUUAAAAUAGCAGGGAAAUGAAUCUGUUGUAAACAGAUAGAUAAAUUAACAGCUUUUCCAUUGAGUUUAGUCAGUGCUGUCCUCAGUAAAAUCAGAAAUCAAAAAUUCUUUACGUGAAAGUGGCUGGGCUGGUUCAGUAAUAUAUGUGUGCCCAUGUAUUUGUUCCCAGGAAGCUGACUUUCCUUUAAUAUAUUAUGCAUGCAUAUAGUAUAUACAUAAAUUGAGUUGUGUGAGAAUAAAUGCCAAUUUACUUAAUUUCAAGCACUGAGAUUCUCUAAAUGUAGAUAUAGAAGGUUUUUUUUCAUGUGCCAUUUAGAUAUAAAAUAUAGAUUGUGCCAGAGAGGUCUCAAGAAUAGAACAAUGUUGACCAAAAAAGAUAUGGAGUCAAACAAGAACAAAAAUUAAUCCAUCCAGUUCUCUUGUAUCCUUUUCCCUGGUGAAAACAGCUGAGCCUUGAUCAGUGGAUCUCUCCUUGUGUUUUCUGUGUUAAGUGACUUAGCCACAAACUAACAAUUGAACAAUAGCUUUCUGAAUAAGUGUAGCUGCUUUCUUCUUUACCUGUAUUGGAGCAAUUUAUUUUUGUUAAAGUAUAAUGGUUGAAUAAGAAUUAUAAAAUUGUCAAUCUUUUCAAAUUGUAUAUUACUGAGAAAUCAUGGCAGAUACACUUGGACUCUACAAACCGUAUGCAAUAAAGAAUUCCUGUAAUAUUUCUGUAGCUUUUGAACUUGUACAAAUAUGUGUAAAUAAAUUUUUAUAACUACUUGUAAUUUUGUUAAUGGUAUGAAUGUUUCUCAAGGUAGUGUAAGAACUGGGUGACUGUUAUUGAUAUGUAAAUUAAAAGAUUUUAUUU